UGUAUUGAACAGCCUACUGAUAUGAAGUCAUAUGUAUAUCUCAUCAACUGACUGGUUCUUCUGAUGUUGUUCACACAGGAGACCAUGUUGAGACUUUCUCUACAUCCAGAGAGCAACAGCAGGAAGAUCACAGAGCUAAGAGGUCUCACCACUGCCCACAUUGUGAGGAGAUUUUCCCAAUUCUAUCAAAACUAGAAAUGCACCUAAAAAUACACACAAGAGAUCAUCUGUAUUCCUGUAGUGACUGUGGAAAAAGCUUCAAAACAUCAAGGUCUCUGACAGUUCAUCAGAGAACACACACAGGAGAGACGCCUUACUCCUGCUCCGAAUGUGGAAAAAGUUUCUCUCAACAGAGCAAUUUAAAAACACACCAACGUAUACAUAAAGGAGAGAAGCCUUACUCCUGCUCUGACUGUGGGGUCAGUUUCUCUGGAUUGGAUACCUUAAAAACACACAAACGUAUACAUACAGGAGAGAAGCCAUAUUCCUGCUCUGACUGUGGGAAGACAUUUUCUCAACUGGUUCAUUUAAAUGCACACCAACGUAUACAUACAGGAGAGAAGCCUUACUUCUGCUCUGACUGUGGAAAGAGUUUCUCUCAACAGAGCAGCUUAAAAUCACACCAGCGUAUACAUACAGGAGCGAAGCCUUACUCCUGCUCUGACUGUGGGAAGUGCUCAACAUCAUCUGCAAUAAAUGUUCAUCAGAGAACACACACAGGAGAGAAGCCUUACUUCUGCUCUGACUGUGGAAUGAGUUUUUCCCGAUUGAAUACUUUAAACUGUCACCAGCUAAUACAUACAGGACAGAAGCCUUACUUCUGCUCUGACUGUGGGAAGAAUUUCUCUCUACAGAGCAGCUUAAAAUCACACCAACCUAUACAUACAGGAGAGAAGCCUUACUCCUGCUCUGACUGUGGGAAGAGUUUCUCUCGACAGGGCAGCUUAAAAUCACACCAACGGAUACACACGAGAGAAGCCUUACUCCUGCUCUGACUGUGGGAAAUGCUUCAAAACAUCAGCUGAGCUGAAUGUUCAUCAGCUAACACACACAGGAGAGAAGCCUUUUUCAGAUUAAAACUUUACAUUUUGGGU